AAGAGUACAAAGCAGCAGUUGAGCUUGUGCCCAGCCUAUUUUGUGCUGCAGUACAAGGAGGACAUGGACCAGCUCGUGAUCAGCAACUUGAACAGCCACUACAUCCAUCCAGGUGUGGGGUGUUCCAUGAUGACUGGCAGCACGCAGUUCCAGACCAGCAACAUGAAGUGCUUGUUCAAGCAGUUCCCUGAGAGUCUCCUCCUGCACUGGGCAAGUGGAAAAGUCCUCUCUGCUUUCCUUGUGGAGAGCAAGGACUGAGUGGAGAGAGUGGUGCACCUGUAUGUGAAGGAUGACACGGGACAUGGAGUUAGGAAAAUGCUGACUGUCUUCAAGGAGUUCAACCCUGAAUGGCAAAAGGUUCAGACUGUUUUUGUGGAUGUGUUCUUUUCUCAUAACGCCAUCCUCCAUGAGCUCUUCCCCUCUGCCCAGGGGCUCCUUUCACUCUGCCACAGUGUCUGACUGCUUGAGAAGAUCAUGAUGGAAGUGGAAAUCUCUCUGCUCAAGCAGAGCAUUACACUGGCCUUGCAGGUGGCCAUGCUUUCCCCUUUGGCUGCAAGUCUGGAUGCCCUGUCUCACCUGGUAGAGCAUGAGGUCAGCUCAGAGCUGAAUGAUUACCUGUGGUCCAGUUGGUUCUCCUGCCAGCUGCUAUGAUCCAUGCACAGAGAGAAGGGUCUGUGGUCCCAUGGCACAUACAUGGACAGCCUAGACCUCCUCACGCACAGAACAUCCACUGUCUUUGCCCAGCAGCCAUCCCUGGAGGUGAGCAUUCUUUGUUUCCUGGAGU